UCGAUACAACAUAUGCUCAUCUAUAUCAAAUUUGUUUGAAUUUUGAUUUACUGGAAAUAAUGUGAUCAAAUUCUGAUUUAGUCGUAAUUUGUAUUUAAUAUGGAUUUGAAAAAGAAAGGAAGGCAAAGCACUCUUAAACAGGCUGAUUCGACACUGAGUAACCGAUUAUGUGGUAUAGACGCUGCUUCAAAACCAAAGCGUCGCAUUAGCUUCAGUGGAAGGAAAUCUGUUCGGGAAUUCCACGCUGAAGAAAAGCCAAAAAGUUGGAACAAUUCCUAUGAAAUUUCGGACACCAAUUCAUUGGAAAAUGUGUCAAUAGACAAAACGAAAGAAGUUUUAAUACCUAUUCUAAAAUACCACAAUCUAUUAGGUUGUAAGGAGAAUAUUAGUAUCCAGGCUAAUGGAACGAAGUUUGAAGACAAAUACCUACAAAAUAAAAAUCAAAAAAAGUUUGCUCUGUCUCUAUUCCAAACUGAAACAAGAGCCUCCAACAGACAGCCAAGAAAUUUUACGAGUGAUGUUUCUAAGGAAAACACUAGACACCUCAAUGAAACAAUAUUAUGUGAUGAAAAGAAUAAGGAUGUAAUUGAGAGGAAACAAGGAAUACCAAAUGACACAUUCUACGGAAAUAGAUUAAGUUUAUUACAAUGCACAGAUAUGGAUAUUACAAAAGAUGGAGAACAUUCUGCUGAAAAUGCUACAAAUCACAAAAUUGUAAAUAUGGAAAAUUUAAAUAAGGGUCCAAUCCAAGCAAUUACUCAAAGCUUUAGCAAUGAGUUAGCGGAAACACUGUUGGAGUCGAUGGACUGUGAUUGUGAUUUGAAGACUAUUUUGGAAAGUGAAAAAAUUAAAAGAGCGGAAGCAUCAACGUCUUUUAAUAUUGACGUUCCCAUGGAUAUUUCUAUGCAACUCAAUGAAUCGUCAAGGUCUAAAUCGAUCAUUUGUAACUCAAACGAAGAACAUAAAAACACUUCAGAAACCGCGUCAUCCGGACAUGGGCAAUACAAAAACAACACAAAUACCCCAAAAGUAGUUGUCUUGCGAAAACUUUGUACACCAACUAAAAAUAUUAUGAAUGAUGUAAUACCAAAACAGACGAAAAAUCAGUCCGCGUGUGAAGAACCGGUAGCUACACCGAAAUCCCAUGGUCACGAUUUAAAUGUUUAUUCCCUUUCAAAUAUUGGAUUUAAUGUCGAUUUUUAUAGUUCUCAGUGCAUUUUAUCUCCCAGUGUUAGUUGCGAUUCGCCUUUAUUUCCUCCAACUAAGAGUAAGAACCUCAACUUUCGACAAUUGAAUGCUGAAAUCGGAAAUGGAAAAAGAGUCGUGUUUCCUAAUAAAAAUGUAAAAGAUCGAGAUGUAACUUUUUCUGAAUCUAACAUUAAUACAAGUCCUAAUGCUCCUAAUAAUGAAAGCCAAAGAGGAAAGAAAACGCAACUAUCAAAACAUGGGGAAGAAGAAAAUAAUGGCAUAUCGGCCGAGCUGAAACUAAACGGAAUGUGUAAUAUAAAUACUAAAAAUAAUAUAACAUAUUCUGAGUGUGAAGACAUACUAACAGAGAGCACUAGUUUUCUGGUGAAGGAAAAAGUGGGUGAUGAGACUAUUUUAGGAAACACUUUACAACUCAGCGAUGAAUUCAGAAAAAACACUAUCCAUUUUAAUUCAGAAAUCGAUACAACCAUUUCCCCAAAAGUAACGUAUGUGGGUCCACUCAGCGAAAAGACGGAAGUUGAAUAUGUAACUGAAAACUUAAAUAUUAUUACGCUAGAUACUCCCAAAUCAACAUCUUAUCUCAGUUCAACAAAAACCAAGGCAUUGGGUAUAAUUAAGCAUACACCAUCGCAACACUGUAAUGAUGAGUGCAAUACUUUGAGAAGGUCGAUAUAUAUGGUCCAUGACAUGAGUUUGAAUAAUACAAAUAUUGAAUUAAUGUCGAGUGUUCCACCUCAACGUCUUAAAACAGAAUUAUCUGAAAUAAACGCCAGUAGUUCCCGUCGAAUCAUGAAAUUUGAUACAACUCCACGAAAUAUAUUAAAACUAGGUAAAAAGCGAAAAACUAUCUAUUUUAAUCAUUAUAUUGAAUCAUUAAGUGCUGAUUCAGUGUCUGUAUUGGAUACGGAGACCUUGACAUCAAAGUGUAAUGAUAAUGCACAGGGAGAUGUAGAAAGUAAAUUUCAUGAAGUAAACUGCACACCGAUACCAGGUCGUAAAGGGCGUUUAGUGCGGCAAAUAAAUGUAGACAUAAGCAGUGACUCGUCGUUUAUCUUAAACUUAAGGGAAGCAAGGGCAGCGUUGUCUAGUAACUGCAAACGUCAAAUUGAAGGUACACCACAUCGUUCUUUUCUAGAGUUUGUAUCUUUAGAAAAAGAAGUCGAGCAAGGCCAAAUAUGUUUGAAGGCAAAUACUAUAGAAGGCGGGAAAGAACCAGAAAGACUUGUUGAAGCAAUUCAAAAUGAAACUCAGCAGGAAUAUAAUUGUUUGGACGGAAAUGAAAUGAGUUUCAGAGAAAAUGAAGAAAAAAUUAAGAAAAAUGAAAUGGAAAACGAAGGCGGAGAAACACCUGAACAUGAAGCGCAGGGAGUUCUUAGGAAACCGGUAGAAACUUUUUCCGAAAUCAGGAGCCUUGAUGUGUCGGGCUUAACGCUUAUAGGAAGUGACAGAAAUGAGAAUUCCUUGAUAAGGAGCCCUAUUUUUAAUUCAGGUACUAAUAAGCGGCUUACUGAGAAUUUAACUCCAAAUUUUCCAUUACCUAAAAAAAGACAAACUCUUAUAUUCACCGACUGUGAGAUACAUGAAGCUACAAUAUGUUCUGAAAGCGUGACAUUGAAAAAUUUAAGUAAUAACUUCAAAGGAGAAGCUGACAUUAUAAAGGACAAAUUCCCGGAGUCAUAUUGCAGGGAGCCAUGCGCGGAAAAUCAAAAUGUUAUAAAUUCCAACGAGUUAAAAUAUAACCUAGAGGAUAAAUAUGACCCGGCAAAUGAGGGGGAGGCUUUUAUUGGACACCAAAAUGAAAAGAUGGUGCCUGAGAGCAAUGAAUAUCUGCCUAACAUCAGUGGUUGGGAAAUGGAUGGUUCUAUUCUUUCAAACAGUAAUGCAGCUAAAAGAAACGAAUCUGGUAUAAUGGAGUAUUCUGUAGAUACUAUUCAGCUGCCUCGACGUGCUGUAACAUUUAACGAAACAAGAAACUCAAUUAUUAAACUGCCGCUUGAGACACAAGAUAUAACAGAGGAAAACGUAGUUGAAAAAUAUAAAAAUAUUGAAUAUGCAUUCGAGGAUAACCCUAUUACGAUAUCUGAUGUAUCUGUACAUUAUUUAGCUCAGCAAAAACCAUCCAUUGUUGAUGAUAUUGGAUUCAACGUCCAAAAGAGUUGUUCAGGAGAUUCGAACAAAACGGCGGUUUUUAACAAGGAGUUUAUUAAUCUAGAAAGGGAAAACUCUCCUUUAUGUAUUUCUGAAAUGGAUGACAUUGACAAGACACGUCUGAGCUUGGUCGAAACAUUACUUUCUGAAAACGAAGACAUAAAUGACGAAGAGCCAUAUCAGAAAGAAUCGGAAAAGGAAUUGAGCAUCAAUCACAACUGCGUUACUACUACACAUAAUCUUAUAGAAUCCUGUUCUGCUUCAUUAGGUGUGAAAGGAAGUAAUAUCGAUGAAAUUGCGAAAGUUCAAAAUACAACAUUAUGUCAUCGAUGUAAACGUUGUCAGGCGACUCUUUCCUCUGAAGGCAUGUCAGCAACUACUGAGUCAUUUGCAUUGCCAUCAAUGCCGCCAUUGCCGUCUCUUGGUUUGGAAAGCUUAGAGAGAUUCCGAAAGCGUCCAAAAUUAAAAGAUGUCCAUGAAUAUUGGCGAAGAAGAUCAUUGGAAAAAAAAGAAGCAAAUAUGGCGACUUUUGCUGAGAAACGCCUUGAUAAUUCAAUUGACGAAAAUUCGGAUUGUGUGAGUAGAACACAUAUUGAGGAUUUUAAAGAUUCUGUGGAGGUCCUUAAAGAAAUCGAAAAGCAAAUCAACGAAUUAAAGAUUUUUGCACCUUUACAAACGGAUGUUUUUUCCAAGAAUCUAAGUAAAAUGCUUAUGUUUUCACUCAUUUACAGCAAAGUACUACCAAACUGGGUGCUCAACUAUCAAAUGAUAGCUAGGGGAAUAAUUCAAUUUAGUCACAAAAAAUGUAUUUCGUUUGCUAUUGAAAUGCUUUGCGAGGAUAGAAAUCAGCUUGGUAACCAAUUUUCGAUACAAGACAUUUCUUUACAAAGUAGUCGUAUUAAAUCGAAACUUUGGAAGCCGAUUGACCAUCUUUUAGAUUCCAAUUUAAAGACUCGCCUGUCGUUUGGUUUAAAACCGUUUUACAGUGGGAAUGCCGAUGAAAAAUUCGUCCUUGGUCUGCUGCAAAGUGUUGAUGAAGUUUGUACUCAGGCGCUUAAAGAUUGUCUAAAUUUAUGGCGAUUAAUUUGCAGUGAAGAAGCUGCUUUGAUCAGAGUAUCAAGUCGAGUUAUUGUUCGAAAGAUUAUACGUGAAGUUGCUUAUGAAGGCGUGGGUCAUUAUCCAAUUGUGAACAACACUGAGUUUCAAAUAGAAUUAAAUAAUAUUCAAACAGUAUCAUUUAAGGAUAUUAUAUCUCCACCAUUGUAUGCUUUUAGUGAGGAAUUACAAUUUUUACCAAGUGGCAUAGAUUUUCUUAGAGUGUUUCUCAAAUCUCCCUGCAGUUACUUGCGACCAUUAACAAAAUAACGGAAGAAAAUAUUUUAAAUGUCAAUAUAUAUACUACAAAGACUA